AUGUCCCAGACGCGCCGGAAGUGCCCCGUCGGGUUGAUCAUGAACGGGCGAAGCGGCGCCGACGGUGUCAAGCCGUACCGGAGACUCAAGAGCCCCGCUGGACGCCGCGUUGCCUUGGCGAGCUGCCCCCACUUGUCGCGAAAACUCGUCGAGAAGCGCAGAUCCCCGCGCGCUGGGUGCGGUUUCGUUGCCAUGGAGAUGAAGAACCUCGUGGUCAAGCGCAUCGCGCUUCUGUACGACAAGCACAACUUGUCGCCCGAGACGCUCGCACACGUGACCGCCGUCGCGGCGCAAGGCUCAGCGCCAAGCAGAGCGCGCGCUCGGUGGUUGCGAUAA